ACACUAGAGAGAGACUCCUCUCUCUUUUGCGUUUCCUUUUGAAUACUCUACUCCAAAACUCAUACAAUCCAAUCCACAGAUUGAUUACAUACACAUACACAUACACAUACACAUACACACCCACGCACACACAUUACACUACAACUGCACACACAAACACAAACACAAACACAAACACAGAGAGAAUCGCUUAACCAUUUUCAGCUCCAAAAACCAUUGAUAGCCUAGCCUCUUCAAUGCUUUACCUCUAAAAUGUCAACCUCACAGAAUCCCAUUAUUACCGACAUAGAGUCCCGACAACCCCGCCGCCAACGACGCCGCCGCCACCGUCGCCGCCGCCGGCCUUCAGUCGCCGGAAGCGGUGAAACCACCACCGACGGCAGCCUCUGCUUCUCCGACUCCGACGCCGCCCAUUCGUGGCACUCAACUGUGGGUUCCACCGCCGCUGGCUCAUUCGACGAAUGUGGGUUUCCGGAGAUCGAGGGGGUUUUGGAUCCUCACAUUCACAAAGAGUCGCACGAAGUUGAUUUGGAGAGUGGUGAAUUGGAGAUGAAGGUGCAUUCGGGUAAGGAACAGAGAGACUGUAGAAUUUGCCAUCUGAGCUUGGUGGGUGAUAAUGCUGAUCAUGAAGCAGGGAUCGCAAUUGAACUGGGUUGUUCAUGCAAGGGCGAUUUGGCGGCUGCGCACAAGCAUUGUGCCGAGACUUGGUUCAAGAUCAAGGGCAACACAACCUGUGAGAUUUGUGGGGCCACGGCACUUAAUGUUGUUGCAGAGCAGACAAACGAGGCAAAUGGUGCUACUGAAAAUUCCACAUCAGAACUGGCAGGUCCUGUGAAUGUUGCUGAGACCCGAAAUUUCUGGCAUGGGCGCCGUGUCAUGAACAUCCUGCUUGCUUGCAUGGUCUUUGCCUUUGUCAUUUCUUGGCUCUUUCACUUCAAUGUAAUAACCUGAAAAAAAAGCCCAUAGCAGAAGUACCCCCACAUUUUUUCUUCACGCAGAGAGGGUAUCUGUGUCUUAAGCCGUCUUAUUUAUAGAAGCAUGUCUCGUCUCUGGGCCAUUCUAGUGUAGUACGUGACAUGUAUUCUCAUGUUAUAUUAGCUAUAUAAGUAUCUAUUGGCCAUUCUAGUGCGUGACAUGUCAUAUAAUUGUUAGGAUCUCCAAAUUGUGGAUGCACUAGUGUAUAAA